AUGGCUCACUCAGCUGUCAUUGCGUUUGAUCUUUACGGUACUCUGCUAUCGACAGAGUCGAUCUCUACGCGAUUGACUGAGAUUAUCGGAUCGCAGGAAAAAGGGGCGCAGAUUGCGGCAUCAUGGAGAAAGUAUCAGUUGGAAUAUUCAUGGAGAUUGACGUGCAUGGGAUCCUACGAUAAUUUCUUCAACAUCACCCGCAAUGCAUUGAAACAUGCACUCUCUGAGGCGGCGAUUGAACUGGAGGACGAACAGAUCAAGCAACUAAUGGACGAAUACGACCAUCUAUCUACGUUCCCGGACGUGACACCGGCUCUACAGAACCUAAACUCCAGACCAGACAUCAAAUCCGUCAUUUUCUCCAACGGCACCAAGGAGAUGGUCUCCAACUCCGUACUUCGCUCCCAAAGCCUCUCGCCUCAUGCAGCUCUCUUCGCGGACCUGGUUACGGUAGACGCUGUUCAAAAGUUCAAGCCGGCACCGGAGGUCUAUCAGCACCUGGCGACAAGCACAGGCGCAGAAAUGGAGGAUAUAUGGCUCGUUACUGCGAAUCCAUUCGAUGUUGUGGGCGCUACGAAAUGCGGCGUCAAAGCUGCUUGGCUCGAUCGCAACGGCAGGGGAUGGGAGGAUGCUGCGGCACCGGCGUUGCGACCACGGAUUAUUGGGCAGAGUCUAGAUGAGGUUAUCAAGGCAAUACUGAACAAUCUUAGCAAGUAG